AGAAGCGAGCACCAGCCGCAGCCAUAACAACAACAACUCGUGCUCACUAAGGCUCAGGAGGCUGCAAGGAGUGGCCAGAGGAGGCGUGAGAAGUGACACUCGAGUCUAACCAACCCGGCGGGAGUGGCGCCACGCAGGGUAACUCCUACAGGUGCCGGCAGGGAGUAACCCUCGUAUAAACUUCACAGGCUUUAAUUUAAUAGCUACUACUGGGAAGAUGGAGGUGAUCAAAAGAAGAGAAGACGAGACAAGAUCUAGGCUUGGUAUGUGCAGUGUGUGCCGUGUGAACAAGGCCAAGUACACCUGUCCAGCAUGUAGCAUAAAGUCAUGCUCCCUCUCGUGUGUCAAGGCCCACAAGCAGUGUGAGGGAUGUAGUGGGGUCCGCAACAGGGCUGCUCUUGUCCUCAAAGAUGAUAUGGAUAAUCUCACACUUUUGAGUGACUAUAGACUUCUUGAAGAGAUUGACCAUAAGCUUGAGGAUAAUUUAAGGCAUCCAUUAAGGCGCCAUGUAAUGAGAAGUUUGAAAGAUAAACCUUCCCUACCACAUUUCCUCCAUCGCUUGAGGAAUGAAGCUUGGAACCGAGGUACAACAUUAAAAUUUAUGCCCAGUCACUUUGCAAGUCGUCGGGAAAAUACUUCUAGAUUCAACUUCAAAGAAGGAAUUAUAAGGUGGCAUAUAAAAUGGAUAUUUCACCAAGCAGACGUCACAUUUACAGACACUAGUGUUGAUGAAAAUACUCCUAUAAUCAAACUACUUACCAAAUACUUAGAACCCAACAAUGACUUGAGUCAGGAUGAUAAUGAGAAGCUUGCUUAUUAUCAGUCGGCAUCAUAUGGUAAAGUUGCUGUCUUGAUGAAGACAGAUGUUCCUGGGUCUGGGACAACUUUCCAAGAGCUGUUUAUGUCUAAGAGUAUUCGUCUCAACUUGGCCAAUAAGAUGGUCAUGGAAUACCCAGUUUUGUAUGUGGUUUUAAAACAUCACAUGGAUGCCUAUCUUGAGUACCAGCCCGAAGGACAUGAUGAUCUCUUCAGUGAUCCCGAGGUGAAAGAGGCAACCGAGAUGCAGAAAGUCACUGGGCUGAGCUUCUUUGAUGCCAGUAAUGAUAUGGAAGAUGGUUAGAAUUUUGUCAUAGGAACAGUAAUAAAUCUGGGGCCAGAUUCACGAAAGCACUUAUGAACCUGAACAUCUUUUUUCAAUCUGUGGCGGCUUUGUUUCCAAUUAUUAAACAGCUAAUGAGCUCCGAAGCACCAGGAGGCUGUUUAUAACAAU